ACUUACGAUGCUCCUGUUUGCAGGCGUCUAUGGUGCACGCGCUUCUCAGCGCGUUUGGUCUGAUUGAUGCCAUGGUACCGCUCGGCUGCGAGGUGGCCCAAGUGGAUGAUCUACGAAACUUUCAUUCCAGCGACUAUGUGGAUUUCUUGGAGUCAGUUGACAAGAGCAAGGAUCUCGAUCAGUAUGAAGAUGAUUUAGACGAAUAUGGUCUGGGGUUCGACUGCCCGCUGGUGACCGGCAUUCUGGACCUAGCCCUGCACCUGGCUGGUGGCUCGUUGUGCGCCGCCCGCGCCCUCUGUCGGGGUGAGGUGGACGUGGCAGUCAACUGGAACGGUGGCUGGCACCACGCCCAGAGGGACGCGGCCAGCGGCUUUUGUUACGUGAACGACAUCGUGUUGGCGAUCAACGAACUUCGAGGAACAUUCGCCAGAGUUAUGUACGUCGACUUGGACAUACAUCACGGCGAUGGGGUGGAAAAUGCGUUUAUGUAUUCUUCGAAGGUAUUCACGCUGUCCAUCCACCAUUACGAAGAUGGCUACUUUCCUGGCACAGGAAGCAUGGAUGACGUCGGAUACGGUCGUGGCCGAUACUUCUGUUUCAAUGUUCCGCUGAAGGAGGGCGCCACCGACGAUACGUUCUACACGGCGUUUGACAGGUGAGGCGGCAGCCGUGCU